UUGCGGCACCGGGGACACAGAAACAGAGUGAGAAGAGGCUUGGAGGGACAGUGAAGGGGUGACUCCCACAGAGAGAGAGAAUGCAGCUCAGCAUCGCCUUAGCCCAGAUGCUACGGUGAUGGGCCUAGUAUGAAACCUAGACAGACAGGUCAUUUCUGUGGAUCCUUCGGAGACUGUGAUACCCUGCGGAGCUGCAUGGCAGGGGUGAUGCUGAGCCAAGGCUUGCAGCUGGGCUGGCUGCUCCUCCCCCUGCUGGCCAGAGGGACUGCUGGUAUGUGGAGCCUUGUCUCUGAUGAAUCCUCUUGCCCUCAAGGUGGACGGAUCCAUUUGCAGAAUCUGAACUGCUACUGGCUCAGCCAUGCCAAGGAGACCUGGCAGAAUGCGAGAAGGCUGUGCCAGGAGAUCCCCGGUGGAGAUCUGGCAAUUGUAAGAACUCAGGAGGUGCAGAGCUUCCUGCAGGAGACUUUCUCUGGUGCUGGUAUGGUCUGGAUUGGGCUAAGCUCCUUGGGUUCCUUGCACUGGGUCGAUGGGAGCCUUGUGGACUCGUUCCAGAACUGGACCCCCUUUGGUCAGCCCAAGGGCAAGGAGAGCUGUGUCCAGAUGCACCUCCUCAACCCAGAAGGGGUUUGGAGCAGUAGCCCGUGCUCUGCAAAGUCCCCGUUCCUUUGUGAGAAGAGAGCUGGAGUCACCCUGCCCAGCCCGGAUGUGUUUCUGACGGGCGUGCCAGUGUUCAGCGGAGUCUAUGAUGUGAGGAAUGUCAGCACCGAGCUGCUGCCUCCUCUCCUGGGGCCUGACAGCGUUGAGUUGAUGCUCUUUCCAGGCCUCUGGUUCAGCCACGCUGGUAUUCUAGUCUCCGUAGACUUCGGGGUACAAGGAACAAAGAAGCCUGUUCUGGUCCAGUUCCAGAUCUUCCGCCCACAUUGCAACCCCAACCAGCACUUGGUUCCUCCCGGCUGCGAGCUUCACACGCCAUUCGCCUGCUGUCACUCCCGGCCGCUCUGCAACACCACGGGUUGGUGCCCCAGCGGGCAGCAGUGGUGCCCACUGAGUGAAGGCUGCUUGAACAUCUCCAGUCCUUGCAGCUCUUAUGCCUUUGAGAAUGUGACUUCCAGCAUCUUGCCCAUCCGAAACCCCCCACGUUACAGUGGGACCCCACCCUUCUACUCGCCGGUGGCUAACUUCCCUCUGCUACUCACUCCCAGCAGUGCAAAAAGGCAUGUCCAGGUUCUCCUGCCUAGAGAGGAGAUCAGUGUGUAUCCAGAUGACAUUAUCGGAAUACAGCAUAACGCAGGGGUGAGCUCCCUCCUCCGGUGCCUGCAGCAUUCCCAUUCCCCCUGGCGACAGAGCUAUAUCAGCCUUGUGAAGGCUGGCUGGUGGGAGGGAAGCAUCAGCAGCUUUACCAACCCCACCUGGGUGGACCAUGUCGUCUGUGACCUCCGAGUGGCCUUUGUGGGCAAGCCCCAGAGCUUUGCUGCCACGCCGCCCCUGGCCAGGCAUUCAGAACGCGGUGCAUACACCUACACGGCAACGGUGAGGAAUGCGGUCAGUAGCAGGCAGAUGAACUGCACGGUGGAGGUGCAGACCAAGAUUGGUGGGCUGCAAAUUAUCCACCCGACACUGGUCAAUGGGAAGUUCAAUGUGGCCACCAAGAAAGAUACUCUGAUUGUCAUCAAGAUUCUCUCUGGCUGUCAUGCCGUGGCUCACUGGAUGGCACCCGUGGGUAAGGCUGGGGUGUUAUUUGAGGCCACCUGCCCAGGCAGCAUUAUAGCAUUUGUCCCCGCCUGCCGCAGAGACACUGCAGAUACCUGGUUCUCCUCCACCCUGCUUCGCAUGGAGGAGCCAAGAAUGGAGACGCUGAAUGUGCUGGUGUCCAAUGAGAUCAGCACCCAGAAGCUGUCAAUGAAGAUCGAGUCAUAUAAUGCCAUCAAGGGGCUCCGGGUGGUGCCGCCUGGCCCCCGCAGGAUGCUAGUGGACAUGUCUCAGGUGUUCUCUGCGGAGCUCACCCAGGGCUCCUCUGUCUCCUACAGCUGGGUCAUUGACAACAUGGACAUGUUUGCCUACAAUGGACAGACCUACAGCGUCAAGUUUAAGAGGCCUGCCACGUACCAGCUGAAGCUGAGAGCUGAGAAUCCUGUGAGUUCGGAGGUGGUGGAAGUGGCACUGAGAGUCGAGGCUAUGAAUCCACUAGCCAACCCCGAGAUAGUGGGGCUUCCCGGGGUGGUGGCAGUUGACACCCUCCAGACUCUGGUGUUCAGGGUGGAAGUGGACACUGCCAUGGAAGUCACCGUGAGGUGGGGCUUUGGGGAUGGCAGCCCAGAUGUGGAGAGCCUGCUGUCUCCCCCCUACGAUUCUCAGCUGUCACGUCCAGAUCCACAGGGAGAGAGGGUCCAGGUGCUGGCCAGAGUAACCCACAUGUACACUCAACCAGGUGACUACUCAGUGACCGCAGAGGCCAUCAACAAAUACAAUCGAGUGGAGCAGGUGGCUAAAGUCCGUGCGGUCUGCCCCAUAGCUUCCGUGACCAUUCUGGUGACUCCAGCCUCCCCGCUGGUGAACGAAGUGACAAAGUUCAAGGCGUUACCCCGCCCUUCUCCCUAUGGCAUUGUUUACUCCUGGAACUUCAAUGAUGGAUCUCCCACGCAGGAGGGAGUGAAUUCGCUGGUACACCAUCGCUUUGAGAAGAGCGGGGUUUACAACGUGAUGCUGCGGGCCAACAACAACCUCAGUGAGGUGCCAUCUGACGUGGCUGUGAUGGUCAGUGAAGGUGUUGCGGGUCUCCGCAUGGUGGCCAGCGGACCUACUGAGCUGGGUGCAGCCACAGUUGUCAAUGCUGCGUUGGCCUCUGGCACAGAUGUCCUGUGGACUUUUAACAUGGGGGACGGGUUCGUCUACAGCAACCUGAAUCUAAGCUUUGUCUCUCACACCUUCGCCAAAGAAGGCAACUACACGGUGACAGUGAUGGCUCACAAUGCCGCCACCUCUACCUGUGUCUCCACCAUUGCAGAGGUUUAUCGGCUUCAAAUCACCAAGAUCCUAGCACCCAUCUGUCUCUCCAGUGGGGAACAGACUCCCUUCCAAGCAGUGGUAACGGGGCCAAGCAAAGGAGUUCAGUUCUGCUGGGAUUUCCAAGAUGGCAACCCCCCUGCUGUUGGGGUCGGAGACCCCACGGUCUUUCACAGCUACCCAGUAGCGGGGAGCUACAAGCUGAACCUGACUGUACGUGGAACAGUAAGCACAACCUCUUGCCAACUGGCCAUCUGCGUAGAGGAUCGGAUCCGCUCGGUUAAGCUGACAGCACCGACGCUGGCUUUAGCUUUAGGGGAACCCACGUGUUUCCAGGCUGAGGUGGUUCCAGUGCCAGACCCCCAGCACCAAUAUCAGUACCACUGGGAUUUUGAUGUUGGUGAGGACCCAGUGACCUCAGGGUCUCCAGAAAUCACAUUCACCUAUCUGGAGGGAGGAUCAUACCGGGUGACGGUCACUGUGUGGAACAUGGUGAGCCGGCAUAAUGCCUCAGCAGAUAUCCUGGCUCAGAGGGUGAUUGGCACCAUCUCCAUUCUCCACAGCGGUGAAACGGAGAGCUUUCUGGCACUGGGUACCUCCUACCUCUUUACAGCUGAGGUCCCCUGGGACAGUGCAGCCACCUUCCUGUGGAACUUUGGAGACCAUUCUCCCCCACAAGUAGGUCAGAGCACCUUCCACACCUACCACACAGCCGGAGACAUCACGGUCACCGUGACCGGAGAGAACCAGGUCAGCCGUAGAAACGCCUCGCUUGACGUUACGGUCCUGGCCCCCGUGCAGCUGCUGGCUCUGAGCACUGAGAGGCCCGUCUGUGAAGUCAGGCAGGAGGUUGCCUUCCACGCCUCUCUGGCGGCAGGAGACCAGGUGCGCUACCUCUGGGCUAUUGGACAGCCACGUAGCUUUCACCAGGGGCCCGCCACUUUCUCCCACACCUUCCCUGCCGGCGGUGUCUUCGUGGUUUUUGUCACAGCUGAGAAUGCAGUGAGCACAGAGAAGGCGAACAUCACUAUUGAGGUCCAGGAGCGAGCCCAGGGGGUUCAGAUCCACAGCAGGAACGUGGUGCAGGGCAGGUACCUGGCAUCUGCUGAGCCCUUUAUGCUGAAUGCCAAAGUUACCCAGGGCUCCAACAUCACCUUCCGCUGGGUGAUUUCUCAAGGUCUGCACCGAGUGUUCACUGCAACAGGACAGUCGCUCACUUACUGUUACAAUGCGAGUGGGGAGCUGCUGGUGGAGGUGAGAGCUGGGAACGUGCUGGGAGAGGCAUCUGCUGGUCUUGCACUGCAGGUGGUGGAGAGAGCCUGCGGUGUGAAGGUCCAGGCAGCCAGUGACAGUGUGGCUGUGGGAAAGCCAGUGAACCUGUCUGUCUCUGUGGCCUCUGGGACUGAUUUGCUCUAUUCCUGGCACAUUGAGGAACAUGCCCAGCUCCUGCUCACCACCUCCUCCUCUCUGUCCUAUGCUUACUCCACCCUGGGCUCCAAGCUGGUGUUCGUCACCGUCUCCAACGUCCUCGGUUCCAGCAACGGCUCCACAGAGCUGAGAGUCCAGGAGCCUGUUUCCAGGGUGAGCUUCGCAGUGGAAGGAAGCUCUCCCCCCUUCUUUCUGAUGUCAGACACCUCUAGGCAGCUCUGGGGCUCGGUGGCUGCAGGCUCUGAUGUCGCAUGGGAGUGGCAGUUGCGGGGGAAGGAGAAGCAGCAGCUCUUCCAUGGACAGAACAUCUCCUGCGAAUUCAGUGCGGCUGGAGUCUACCAGGUGGACCUCCGAGCCUGGAAUGAUGUCAGCGAGGACACAGUCCAGCAUCCCAUGGUCGUCCAAGACCCCGUGGCCGGGCUGGCUGUGGAAGUGGACAGGCAGGACGUGUGCACCGACGACAGGGUAGUCUUCAUGCUGCACGCCCAGAGGGGCACAAAUGUGAGCUAUGCUCUCACCGUCCCCUCUUUGGGGCUCAGUCUGGAUGUCCGCGGAGGAACACAUCACUUCUCUUUCCCAACAGCGGGUUCUCAUCAGGUGCUGGCAUUGGCCUCCAACAAUGUCAGCACUCAGCUAGUCUCUGUUGUGGUGCAGGUGCUGGAGAAGGUUCGGGGGCUGCACAUCCCCAAUUGCUGCCCAGCCAUCAUGGAGUCCAACAAGGAGCUGGCACUCAUGGCCCAGGUGCGAGCCGGGGAGAAUGUCACCUUCUUCUGGAUCUUUCACCUCCCUGGGCACCCUGCAUAUGAAGCAGCAGGCCAGCAGGUUGGGUAUGUGCCACCCGGAGCAGGUAACCUGACCAUUCACGUAGAGGCCAGUAACCCGUUCUGUGCUGCAUCUCUGACGGUGACCGUGGCCCUGCAGGUGCCCAUAAAGGCAGCCACCUUGUCCAGCAAUGGGACUGGGGCUUUCCUCAAUCAGACAGUGGCAUUUGAUGUGGUGGUCAUGGGUGGCAGCGAUUUCCACUCCGAGUGGAAGUUCGGGGACUCGGAGGCGACCUUUGCCGGCAGCAGGGACGAGAGGAUGUUUCAUCAUUAUGGCCAUGCUGGGGAUUUCUUAGUGGAGGUGAAGAUCUACAAUGAAGUCAGUUUUGUCCUGGUGCAGACAACAGUCACCGUGCGGGAGCUGGGGUGUGACAGCCCCAUGGUGAGGCUGGUGGAGCCGCCCUCCUCUGUCCCCAGAUCCCUCACCAGCUACUUUGAGGCCAGCAUAGACCUGAAGGGCUGCACGGCCUACAAGGCCCUGUAUCUCUGGGAGGUGUUCAGCAGCCCCAGCUGUGAGCAGCUGGCUGAGGCCGACCAGGUGCCCCUGCAGCACGCAGACCUGCUCACCCCGUCACUCACGCUCCCCAAGCUUUCACUGGACAUCGGCACCCACUGCCUGCGCUUCACUGCCUCUCUCCAGCACACCCCUCUGACCCAGACACUUUCCCUGCUCAUCACCGUCAUCCCCAGCAAGUUGGUUCCCGUCAUCCGAGGCGGGUCAUGGAGGAGCUGGUCUGCUCAGCUGGACCUGGUUCUGGAUGGCAGUGGGUCGUACGACCCCGACGUGGGGACGGCCGCAGACUCUUCCCUGGAAUAUUACUGGGACUGUGAGAAUGUGUCCUCGCCGUGGUGUGCCCCACCUCACCUGCAGGGCGGUGCCAGCGUCACCAUUCCCCACACUGUGCUCUGCAGAGGCACUGGCUAUCGCUUCAUUCUCACAGUGAAGAAGCUGGGGAAGGAUCCAGUCUCCAUGGCCCAGAUGGUUUGGAUUGAGCCCGGCCAGAUCCUGCCCAUGACCAUUGAGUGCCGUUCUUGCAGCGCCCUGUCGAGCUAUGAAAUCAGCAGAAGCGUCCACGUCACUCUGGCCGGACAGUGCCAGAGCUGUGACAACAGGACCAUGUACAAAUGGACGGCUCAGAGUUCAGACGGACAAAAUUUGACCCUGAACCAUGUGACCACCUCCACGGGGGACUCAAACCGGGACCUGGUGAUCAGACAAGGGGUCCUGCGGGAUGGGGUGAAUUACUCUUUCACAUUGUCAGCCUCCCAGCCUGGAGGGGAGCUGCAGGGGGGAUCCAGCAUCACUCUGACCCCCAACAACCCGCCCAGGGGAGGGGUCUGCACCCUGACACCCGAACACCACCUCUACCUCCUGGAGACUCUGGUCUCAUACCAGUGCACAGGCUGGGUGGAUGAAGACAGCAGCCCUGUGCAGCUGAUUUACACUCUGAUUGCUGAACAGUGUUCCCCCGACGGCAGGCACUGCCAGCACUUCUGCCUCUACCGAGGGAUCAAAUCUUCCUUCAGCACCUUCCUCCCUGCGGCCAUAGGCGGCAGCCGCACCACUGUCAACGUCCUAGUGGAGCUGGAAGACUCGCAGGGGGCGAAGACUCUGGCCCUGAAUCGGACCCUGACUCUCGCCAUGCCGGUGCUCCCGGCGGGCUUCCCGACUGUCACCAGCUGGCUGAAGAACAAGAGCCAAUCAGAACUGUGGGGUGUGGUCCAGCAGGGCAACCCUCAGGAGGUGAUCCCAUACUCCCUGGCCCUCAUCACAGUACUGAAUCAGAACUCGGGCAGCCAGGGCAAUGAGGAGGAGCUGAGGGACCGGAUCUCCAUCCGCAGCAACGUCACCGCAGCCCUGGCCUCCCUCAAUAUCUCCAGUGUGAAGGAGGUUGCCCAGCUGAGCGCGGCGCUGCAGCAAUGUGUGGCAUUCCCAGGAGAGCUCAACCUUGAAAGCCAGGCCAGGACCUUGGCAGCAGCCCAGAGAAUGAUCGAAGUCAUCAGCUCGGAGACAGAGGAGGGUCAUGAGACACCCACCUCUGCUGGCAACAGCAUCCUGGGGAUUCUGGGGAGCACAUUAUCAGCACUGGACACAGCCCCCCACCCACCUCUGUCUGGGGCCUCUGGUCUCAGCACAGCCUUGACCGCCUUCAACCUCACCCGUGCCCUGAUGAAAUCCCUGAUGAGGUCCCGGGUCCUGAAUGAGGAGACCUUGUUGCUGUCUGUCUCAGAGAUCCGCAUGCAGGGCAAGAGGGCCAACUCCCCGAACCUGCUGUGCCUGGCGCCCUCUGAGCGGUGUCUCUUCUCCGUGCCCAGCACGGCGGCCAGGCAGCUGGCGGGGAGUCAGGAGGUGGUGCAGGUGCUUAUGGACAUCUCCGUCAACCCCUUCCCAUUCAACUACUACGCCAACUCCUCCAUCUCCACCCGCCUGGCACUGCUGGAGUUCACCACUUCUGGAGGGGUGCCCAUCCCAGUCUCCAACCUGUCCGGGGAGAUGGCUAUCGGGCUGAGGCUGCCAACUGGGCAGCAGGAGCAGCAGAGCUCCCCUCCGACACUCAUCCUCCUCCCUCCUGGGGAAUCGGUCAACUUCACAGUGAGGGCCUUGGCGGGGAGCCGUGCCAAGGGGGUGCACAUCCGUGUUGGCGUCACCAUGCAGGAGGGUUUUGACCCUAGCCAGGAGAGAGAGCCCUCGAUCCAUUUCUACGGGCACUACACUCCGGUUCCCAAUGAGUUCCACUAUGCCUGGAAGGAAGAAAUGAUCUUUGACAACCUGCAAGGAGGCAGCAGCAGGGAGGUCACCAUCUUGCUUUCAUCUCCCCACAGCUUCAACGGGACGCUCCGGGACUAUCACGUCAACAUCACCAACCGCUUCUCCCAGGCGCCCGUCAGCGCUGCGGUCACAGUCUUUGCCAGCCUGUGCCAGUACUUCCACUUCCCCAGCAUGCAGUGGAGCACAGAGGGCCUGAGGCCGACGGCCGCCACCAGCCGGAAGGAGAUUGUGUGCCUGACGGAACAUCUCACUGUCUUCGGAGCUAGUCUCUUUGUGCCUCCUCACAGCAUCCUCUUCCUGCCCCCGAGCAAGCGCGCCAGGCAGGCUCCGCUGGUGGUGAUUACCUGCUGUGUGCUCUUCACCAUCUACCUGGGGAUGGUGCUGGUCGCCCACAAGCUGGAUGACAUCGACAUCACCCGAGUGGGCAUUGUCCCUCGCUGUGGCCAGCCCGGACGGUACAAGUACUGGGUAACAGUGAAGACUGGCUGGAAAAGAGGAUCAGGUACCACUGCCCACGUAGGGAUCAGCUUAUAUGGGCUGAACAAAAGUGGCUCUCGCCACCUGGACAAGGGCUGGGCCUUCCAGAGAAACAGCCAGGAUAUUUUCCAGGUGGAGACUGAUGCAAACCUGGGAGAAAUCUGGAAGAUCCGCAUCUGGCAUGACAACACUGGGCUGGACCCUUCCUGGUACCUGCAGCAUGUCAUUGUCUGGGACAGACAGACAGACCAUAUGUAUUUCUUCCUGGUGGACGACUGGCUGUCAGUGGAAAAUGAGCAAAACGAAGGAUUGGUUGAAAAGGAAGUCCUGGCUUCAUGCCCACAGGAGCUGAGAUGCUUCUCUCGAGUUUUCCCUGCCCAGCUGCGUCUUGGCUUUUCUGAUUGGCAUGUGUGGCUCUCCAUCUGGGGCCGCUCUCCCCACAGCCGCUUCACCCGGGUGCAGAGGAUUACUUGCUGCGUGCUUGCUGUGUACCUCUUCCUGGCCAUAUGUGUGCUCUGGUAUGGAGCCAUUGGAGUUGAGGGCUACAGUGUUCCCUUGGGAAGCCAGGUUUCAGUGACAGCAGAGAGCGUUGCUGUGGGAAUGGUUGUGGCUGUGGUGGUCUUCCCGAUACAGCUUCUUUUCACCUUCAUCUUCAGGAAAACUCGCAGUAAGGUGGUUGUGGAAGACCCCAACCCACCUGUGCAGGACUCUCAGACUGUGGAGAUGGAUGUGUGCCUGGAGCACGCUGACCUGAGCAGCUCCUCCUUCCUGUCUAUCCCAGGGGGGAUGGAGUCCAUCAUGGACAGGAGCUCUGUCAGUGGUGAGUCGCCUGGGAGUAGGAGGCCAGGGUCCACCCAGGAGAAUCUCACCAAAGUGGGCAACACAAGGGUUGUGAAACGCAGGCCCUCCUGCGACAGCAUUUUCGACGUCCCAGAUCUUCUGACCUCGGACUCCCUGGUGAGCCAAAGUCGGAGCCUCAAGAGGAAGAAGGCCCUGCUGAAGCUGGGAAUUGAGUCCGCAUCCAGCUCUGAUGGUGACCCCCUGUCCUUCUCCUUAGGGGACUCUGAGGAUAGCAGGAGAGAGAGCCAUGGCCACCGCCUCACCCGCUCUGAGGAAGAUCUGCUCAACUCUAUCGUAGCCGAGACUCAGCGGAGCAGCUCCUCGGACUGCGUCACGUCUGAUAGCGGCAGGUUCUCGCCCCGAGCCGAGGCAGAUCUGGUCUCUGAUGUUAUGGAAAGUCCCUCCAGCGCCUGGUCCGAUAGCAUCCCAGAGCAGAGGAGGCGUGGCUGGGGCUUCCUGCGCAAGUCCUUCUCCUACAUCUCCGCCCUGAUGAGCCCUGGCAGCGCGCUGCUUCCCGAUCCAGAGCCUCCGUCAGCCCCGGUGUCGUCCUUCUCCACCCGGAUCGGGGUGUCUCGCAGACCCUUGGAGUGGCUCUUCCCUGGCUGGGUGCUGCCUAUGACCUAUGCCUUCAUCUUCCUGCUUCUAGCAGGCUGCUUCACCGUCACCAUCCUCUAUGGCUCCUCCCUCCAUGACCACACUGCCCUAAUGUGGCUCAUCUCCUGCAUCUUCUCCUUCAUCACCUCCUUUGUGCUGCUGGAGCCACUGAAGGUGGUGCUGGAGGCCCUGCGUGCUGCUCUCAUCACUAAGCCAGUGGACAGUGAAGGAGAGGGGCUGGUGGAGGAGCCGCUGGUAAAGCCAGUGCCCGAGCGCAUUGGGAAGGUGCGAGUGCCCUGUGGAUACGGGCUUCUGCAGGCCAAGGAGGAAGCGAGGAAAGUGCGGGCGCUGCGAGUGCUGAUGAGGAGCUGCCUCACCCACCUGCUCUUCCUCCUGGUGGUUCUGACUGUCAACUACCAGAGCUGCUUCCACCACCGCAAUAUCCAUCUCCUGCACACUGCUGUCAGACAGGCCCUCACCGCCCCAAAUGACAGAGGACUCAACUUUUCCUCUAUCCGCAGUUACACUGACAAGUGGGAGUGGAUAGACUCUGUGUUACUGAGCUACCUCUACAGUAAUCCCCGACUGACCCUGGUUGGGGUGCCUCGUCUCCGGCAGGAGAGCUCUGCUGGGAACGUACCUCUGGAUCUGGCGCCCAGACCAGAGAUUUCCAGGAGUGGCCAAGUGGACAGAGACGUGUGCUGUGACCACAGCCUCCAGAAUUCAUCCCAUAACUCUAUCGGGUUUUGGAUCUGGGGGCAAAUUGGAGUUUACCACACUAACACUGGCUGCUGGAGGGAACUUGGAAACAGCUCUGCCAAAGCCCGAAGGACACUGGCUGACCUGCGAGCCAGCAACUGGAUCAACAAAAGGACCAGAGCUGUGUUUCUGGAGUUUACCCAAUACAAUGCUGAUGUCAACCUGUACGUGGUUGUAAUGCUCCUGCUAGAGCUCCCAUCAGUCAGACUGGCUGUUCCUUCCAUCUUCAUCCUCCCCUACCAAAUGCUGCGCCUAGGCACGGGGCUGGAUCUUUCACUUGUCCUAGUGAUCUCCUUGCUCGUCUUCAGCAUGGCCUUUCUCCUGGCAGAGCUGUCGCUACUGUCUCAGGAAGGGGCCUCCUGUUUGGGUCAGAGCCGCUGUUGGCUCCAGCUGCUCCUGGCACUGCUCUCCAUUGCAGUUGGUGCCUUGCACUUUGCGCACAUCUGGCUGGCAGAUGUGCGGCUUGAGCAUUACUGGGGACACCGCCAGGCCUUCACUAGCUUUUAUGAAGUGGCACUGCUGGCUCAGAUGGAAGUCUGUCUCUCGGCCCUGCUGCUGACCAUCACGACGCUGAAGAUUGUACAGCAGCUGCGCUUUGUCCGGAGAUGGUCUGCAUUUGGGAAGACGUUCCAGCAUGCACUGCAAGAGCUAGUGGCUGCCAUGCUCAUCUUCCUCCUGCUGCUCCUUGUCUAUGCCCAGUGUGGAUAUUUGGCCUUCUCUGCUACAGCAGAGGAGUUCAGAACAUUCCGAUGUGCCUUCUAUGCGCUGCUUUCGGUCCUCCAUGGGAAAGUGGCUUUCCUGUCUGUGAUCCAGGAAUUCCCCACCCUUGGCACUGCCUAUGUCCUCAGCUUCACGGUCAGCUUGCUCUGCGUUGGCAGCCGUUUCCUUUGUGCUGUCAUCCUUCAUAGCUACCGCACUGUCCAAGCUGAAAUGUACCGCCCUGCCAUGGAACCGCAGGACUACGAGAUGAUCGAGUUCUUCGUGAAGAGAUUCAAAUUGUGGAUGGGGCUCAGCAAAACUAAAGAGUUCCGCCACAAAGUAAAGUUUGAAGGGAUGGACUCCCUGAUUUCACGCUCCUCCGGGAACUCCAAACGCUCCCACCUCCUAUCUGCUGGCACCAUCUUCCGCUGUGCCAGCUCCACCAUCUCCUCCAUCUCCUUCAGCUCAGAGGAGCUGGCCCUUUCAGAGAGCCCUGUCCCGGAGCAGUACAAUGUACAGUUUUACUUGGACCGUCUACCCUCUGCAGUCAAUAACCUUCUGGACCAGUUUGACCGGGUCAUUAGAGUCAUGGAGGAUGUAUGCCAGCUGGAGAGCAGUCUGGAACAGGCUCAGAAAAGAAUUAAUGACAACAAGAAGGGACAGAAGAGCCUGCAGGGGGAGAAGGUGACACUAGCUAAGCAGCUAGAGCUACCAAGGACUUACAGCACCUUCUCGGAGUCUGCCCUGGUUAGACUGAGGUCCCACAGGGCCAAGGUCUCCAACUGCAAUGCCACUGAUGGGCACAAGCUGGUCCAGCAGCCUCCAGCAGAUGGGGUACCUAACCCAGUGGCCGGGUGCACAUCCUGGCUGGUUGGCCCUCCAAUAUCAACUGAUCUGUGCCACAGGCGUAGCCAGGCACCAGGCAUUUCGUGCAAGUGGAGACCAAAGAGUGAGGAGGAGCAGGGCUGUCUGUGCCAUGAAGUUCCUCAGAGGCAGAUCCCUUUAAAGAGAAGAGCAUGGCAAACAGAAGGUGCUGGGAACAUGUAAUGAGACAAAGGUAGAAAUCAGGUCAUAGAGGGCAGGUCGGACUCCCAUCCCAGCCCUAGAGAUGGAGGCCUCUCAAUUUCCAAAGAGUGUUCCACUUACAGCAUCUGCCCUGCUUGGCAAAGGCUGUCCUUGUGAAGGACAACUCUUUGCAUUAGCUGUCCUCCACCCUGCUCCAGCACAGUGCACCAGAAUGUCAUUGUCCCAACUCCUCCGGGAGUUCAACAGUGGGCGUGUGACCCCAGUUGCUGGGGCAGAGCUGAAUACCAAUAAAAUCAUUACAUGGCGGUGCUCCCAUCAGAAGUGACCAUAAGACCUGCAAGAGAAAUGAUGGCUGAUAAUACAGUAGCACGUCCUUCCCUUUCACAGUAUUAGUGCUGACUGCCUCCCCCCUUCACAGAAGUGGGCUAAUCGAAAGGCAGGUGGAGCAACCUCCCCUGAAGCAGCUCUCCCCAUAUUGCUGCUGAGAUCCCCCAGACUGAGACUUGUCAGUUGCUUCCCAGCUCUUUGGAACACUCUCCUGAAUGGGCUGAAACAAAGGCAGGUGCAGAAGCUACCCUUGACUAAUUCCAUCCUGGGGCUAAAUUCCUGGAUGA